GUUCCAACCAAAGUAAAACCUAACUGCGAUCUUCGUCUCUAGUACUAUUUGCCAUUGUUUUCUAGGUUUUUGUUUUUUCCCAUCUUCAGAUCAAAAAAACAGAUAGAUUAAGAGAGAAACAAUGGGGGAUGGUGGUUGUAGACCUUUGGGUUUCUUGAUUGGACUUCCGUUUGCUCUGAUUGCAUUGGUUUUAUCUCUUGUUGGCGCUGUUAUUUGGGUUCUUGGGACUGUGUUGAGUUGUAUAUGCCCAUGCUGCAUAUGUUGUGCUGGACUUGCUAACUUUGCUGUAUCACUCAUCAAACUUCCGUUCAGUAUUAUCAGUUGGUUCAUUGAUCAGAUCCCUUGUUAAAUAUGUUCACCUCACUUAUUCCAUGACGUUCCAUUAGCAAUGUGUGUGCUCUUUUUUUACUGUAUCGUUUGAAACUUUGAAGGAAUCAUAUUCCUUUCAUACACAGAUGUAGCUAUUGAUUGAAUAGUCAGAUGUAAACAAAAGUUGGAAUUUAAUUCAUCAUUUUUGGUUGUGCUUGUU